UUCAGUGAAGCUAUGCACAAAUCAACAUAGCUUAGAGCGUUUUGAGUCCACACCUUGGGAGUAUUGGAGUGAGAAGAAUCACUACAGUCUCUCAGAAAAAGAUCUUUCUCUUGGGGGUCUUAAAAAACUUGCCUUGGAAGACAGACGCCUUUUGUGGCGGGUUAUAUACGCUACACGCAAAGUACAACUUACUAUUGUUUGAAACCACAGAAUGGCAACGGCUUGCCUAGUAGUUCUUCUCUCUGCGUUAUCAUUGCCGAGCAAUUCUUUAACUCUUGCUCAGCAGCUCAAUGCCACUGAGGGCCAAGGCCAAAUUGCGGAAGGUAUCCCUACAAGACGACAACAAAUACUUACUGGGCCAAAUGUGUGCGGCGGUCGAAUCAAUCCUCAGUGCUGUCCCGGAUGGCAACAAAGGGCUUCCGUUGGGCUUUGCAUAGUGCCGAUGUGCAGGUAUGGCUGCGGGACAGGUGUGUGUUUUAGACCUGGCGUCUGCCGUUGUCCUAACGGUGCAUAUAGUCCAUCGUGCAGUGGGGUCCAGGUACAAGGUGGACAAUGCAACGUAUUGUGUUUUAAUGGUGGAACUUGCAACAAAGAUAACUGCACCUGUAAAAAUGGAUUCACUGGAAAGUUCUGUCAGUCACCCAUUUGUCAGGAACAGUGUCUCAAUGGAGGUCGUUGUGUUGGACCUGACAAGUGCGCAUGUCCUUACGGAUUUACUGGAAACCGCUGCCAGCAAGAUUAUAGGGUUGGUCCUUGUUACACCAAAGUUAGGAACCGAAUGUGUCACAACCAGUUACGGGGUGUGGUCUGCACAAGACUCACGUGCUGUGCAACUAUUGGACAAGCGUGGGGCAACCCGUGUGAACGCUGCCCUGGGAAACCAGAGCCUUGUGAUCGAGGAUUUCUCCCAAAUUUUCGGAGCAAGGCAUGCCAAGACAUUGAUGAGUGUAAAGCUAUCCCAAAGAUCUGUUCGGGCGGAAGAUGUAUCAACAACAUUGGGAGCUACCGCUGUGAAUGUCCCGCGGGCAAAAAACUAAACACGGACUCUCAGAAAUGCAUCGACAUGGACGAGUGCACCGAGAUCCCGGGCAUCUGUGCAAACGGCCGGUGCGAGAACACAGACGGUAGUUUUCGAUGUGUUUGCAAAGAAGGAUUCAUUCUAAACGAGGACAAAAGCUUUUGUAUAAGCAAAAAAUCCGGGUAUUGUUAUCAACGAGUGGUGAAUAACUACUGUGUUGACCAGUCGUCUUCAAACAGAACUAAACAUGGCUGUUGUUGCUCCAAAGAGAGUCCUGCUGGGUGGGGACCGCUCUGUGAACGAUGUCCUUCCCAACAAACACCGGAAUACUCAGAAUUGUGUCCAAACGUUUCUAUUCCAGUGGACGAGUGUAAAAGGCAAGGGGACCCUUGUCCUAAUGGCAGAUGCAUCAACGUUCCAAGUGGUUUCCUCUGCUUGUGUAAUACAGGAUAUGUUCUCGGACGAGACAAUAAGUGUCUUGAUAAAGACGAGUGUUCAGCGGAUUCGCGGCUGUGUAGAAAUGGGCGUUGUAUUAAUAUGGAAGGUAGUUACAGAUGCGAGUGUAACCCUGGCUUCCAAGUCUCUUCUGAUGGAAAAAGGUGUUCUCGAGGAGUCGAUCCAUGCUCGCAGUCAGGUGUUUGUGAAAAUGGCGCUUGUGUGAACACAAGAGAUGGGUUCACUUGUCAAUGUCGAGGCGGAUACGCAUUGACCUCUGACAAAAGAACAUGCACAGAUAUCGAUGAGUGUAAGUCCCAGUCCGUCUGCAGUAACGGCCAGUGUACUAACUACCCCGGAGGUUAUGAAUGCUCAUGUGCUACUGGGUUUGAACCAAGCUCUGACAUGCGCCAUUGUAACGACAUAGACGAAUGUCGUACCCCGGGACUCUGUGACAAUGGAACGUGCGUGAACAAUCGUGGAUCAUACCGCUGUACAUGCAACAAAGGGUUCCAAAGUACAACAGAUCCAAGAGUUUGCAGGGACAUCAAUGAGUGCCUCCAGAAUAAUAUUUGUAUGAAUGGUCGCUGUGUGAAUGAACCAGGUAGCUUUAAAUGCGUUUGUGAACGAGGUUUCACCCCAAGCGCUGACGGCAAAGCUUGCAUAGAUACCACCCUUGGUCGCUGCUACGCUAAAGUGGAGAGCAGCCGAUGUUCCGAGCCCCUGAUGAGAUUUCUUACGCUCUCUCAGUGUUGCUGUGGAAUGGAGAAUGGUGGCCAGCGAGGGUGGGAUGAUCCAUGUACGCCGUGCCCUCUAAAGGGCACAGAAAGUUACGAACGAGUGUGUUGUAAAGGACCCGGAAUGACUUGCGGUGGAGAUGAUGUUGAUGAAUGUGUGAAUAAUGCUGGAAUGAAGACAAAUGUGUGUACCAAUGGACAGUGUCAAAACACAAUGAAGGAUUAUAUCUGUGUUUGCAAUCCAGGCUACCGCAGCGAUGUUACUAAAAAGCUAUGCAAUGAUAUCGACGAGUGCAGAGAAGAUCGACGGCUUUGCCUAAAUGGAAUCUGUCAAAACUUACCCGGAACUUUCUCCUGUGAUUGCCCCAAAGGAUACUCCUUAAACACCCAAUCGACAACCUGCGAAGAUAUUGAUGAAUGCGCCCUUGAGGGUCAGUGUGUUGCUGGAACGUGUAUAAAUUCGCCUGGGAGUUUUCGAUGUCAGUGUCCUCGUUAUUACGAAUUAGAUAAAUCGGGCAGAAUUUGCAAAGACAAAAGAACAGGGCAGUGUUGGACGAAAAUCAUGAACAGUCGCUGCGAGGAAUCCAUUAAUGGCGACGUUUCGUUAGAAAUGUGUUGUAACACCAUAGGUAAAGGCUGGGGAAGUCCCUGUAAAGAAUGUCCUCCCAGAAAAGGAGAUGAACGGUGCGCUCUGGGGUACGCCAUUCAAGAUAAACCACGGUGUACAGACAUCGACGAGUGCAUCCAGUUCCCUGGCUUGUGUAAAAAUGGAAUCUGUCGUAAUACUCUAGGUAGCUUUGUUUGCGAGUGUUCUGCAGGCUUGACCUUGGACUUUACACAGAAAAACUGCGUGGAUCUACGGGAGGACGUGUGUUACGGUUCUGUCUCCUCCAGUGGCUGCGAGACGCCCUAUCGCGGAAGGUACAAGAAAGUAGACUGCUGUUGUUCUAAGGUGGGAGCAGGCUGGGGUAAUCCAUGCCAAGAAUGUCCCUUAGAGAACACAGAUCCGUUUGAAGAACUGUGCGGCAACCGAAGAAAAGGAUUCAAGACAGUUGAUACUCUGACUGGACCGAGAGUUGAAGAUAUAAACGAAUGUGCGAUUCAAGGCAUUUGUAACAACGGACAAUGUGUAAACGCACAAGGAGGAUUCCAGUGCGAAUGUACACCAGGGUACGCCUUGGACAGCGAGGGAAAAGACUGUUUGGAUAUCGAUGAAUGUCGAAUUUCUGCGGGAAUGUGUGGUAAUGGGACUUGCACCAACCUUGCUGGCACCUUUCGCUGUGACUGCUUUACUGGAUUUGAGAAUGCUCCAAUGAUGAUGGAGGUUUGUAUUGACAUCGAUGAAUGCGAGCGGGAGCCUUGUGCAAACGGCACAUGCGUGAAUACUGAAGGAAGCUAUAAGUGCAUUUGUCCGAACGGAAUGGAACUUAUGAAGGAUGGCGUGACGUGUGAAGACGAAGAUGAAUGUUCAGAUCCAAACAAAUGCCGUAAUGGUGUUUGUCAAAACUUCCGCGGAGGCUAUCAGUGUUUGUGUGACCCUGGUUUCGUGGUCACGGAGGACAUGAAGGCGUGUGUAGAUAUAGACGAGUGUCAAGUGGAUAACGGUACCUGUCAGGAAGUGUGUAACAACACUCUUGGUAGCUUUGAGUGUGACUGUAGGGCAGGUUUCACGUUACAACCUGACGGAGUGACAUGUGGAGAUAUCAACGAGUGUUCGCUUGGCGUGGACAUUUGCGGGACGGGGAACACGUGCAGGAACUCCGAAGGCGGGUACUAUUGUACGUGUGGGCCUGGGUACGUGUCUGCUGUUGACAGGAGAUCCUGCAUUGACGUGGAUGAAUGUCAAAACGAUCCUCAGCUUUGUAUUAAUGGUGUCUGUCGAAACACUCAAGGCUCGUUUGAAUGUCUCUGUGGCAUUGGAUACGUUCUGGCUAAAGAGACAACUGCAUGUAUUGAUGUUGAUGAAUGUAAGAUAGACCUGCAUCAAUGCGGUGACAAUGCUAACUGUACCAAUAGUAUUGGCAGCUUCACAUGCGAUUGUAAACCUGGAUUCGCCGGAAGUGGCAAUGAAUGCAUAGAUAUCGACGAGUGUGUAACAGGAGCUGCCAGGUGUCAUGAGAACAGCAUGUGUGUCAACAUUCCAGGCUCUUUCAGUUGUGUAUGUGGACCAGGUUACACAGGAGAUGGUUCUUCCUGUAACGAUAUCGACGAAUGUCUACUGGAGGACAAUCUUUGUGAUCACGGACAGUGCACUAAUAAAGCUGGCUCAUAUGAAUGCGAAUGUGAGCUUGGAUAUAUACCAGCUGAAGAUAAAAAGAGCUGUGUUGAUAUCGAUGAAUGCAGAAUGUUUCCAUUGUGUAAAAAUGGCCGGUGUGAAAACAUGCCGGGAAUGUUUCGUUGUGAUUGUGAUGAUGGAUUUCAGCUGAAUAAACAAGGCAUUAACUGUACAGACAUCGAUGAAUGCUCUGUGACGGGAAUGUGUAUAAACGGUCGCUGCGUAAACGAAAUGGGUACAUACCGCUGUGAAUGCGACGGCGACUUCAUGCCAAACCCUGCGGGUUCAGGAUGCAUUGAUAUGCGAAAAGGGAAGUGUCAUUUAAGUGUUGUGAAUGACACUUGUAUGAACCCGCUACCCUCUGCUUUUCGCGCCGUGUGCUGUUGUACGUCAGGAAAAGCCUGGGGAGAACCGUGCGAACCGUGUCCUCAGAAGGGGACUGAGGAGUUUCUCCGGCUCUGUCCCGGUGGGAUAGGAUUUGUACCCGAUCCUUUCACUCUUGUCAUCAAGGAUGUGGACGAAUGCCGGGAGCUCCCGGGGGUAUGUAGUCAAGGCCGAUGUCUAAACACUCUUGGAAGCUAUGAUUGCUUCUGUCCUAAAGGGUUCAAACACGACAUUUCUUCUGGAAAAUGCAUUGAUGUCGACGAGUGCAAAGAACUAAUUUUCAUUUGUGGCCUUGAUGGGAUAUGCAUCAACACAAACGGAAGUUAUGAGUGUGUCUGCCCCGAAGGACAAAAACCAAACCCGGACGAUAAACGCUGUGAAGACAAUCGACCGCAAGAGUGUUUCAUGGAAGUGGAGAAUGAAGCGGCCUUAAAUCCUGUUUGCAAGGGAAAGUUUUCCAAGAACGUGACGAGGGCCGAUUGUUGUUGUACUGGGGUGGGCGCAGCGUUUGGCGCAGAGUGCAAGCUGUGUCCUAAGAAUAAUUCAAUCGAAUGGACAGCCUUGUGCCUGGCCAUAACACAUGUGACACCAACGACGGGCAGUGAAAUAACUGGUCCCACUUCCGAACCCUCCGGGGUCGUUCGCCCUCCUGAAGGGGUUACGACCCCAUCAACCACAGCCAAGCCUGUGACACCAUCACCAAGAGUCGUGAAUGAGUGCGAACUGUUUCCAGAGUUAUGUUUGUACGGAAAAUGCAUCGACACGCGAAACAGCUACAGAUGUGAAUGUCCGCUUGGCUACAAGCUAAACCCACGAGGUGUAAUGUGUAAAGAUGUGGAUGAAUGCCAGAUGUCUCCUUGUAAGAAUGGCACCUGUCGAAACACCUUUGGCAGUUUCCUAUGUACUUGUCCAGAUGGAUCAAAACUCGAUAUUACAGGACUGGCCUGCGUAGAUCUAGACGAAUGUCUUGAACCAGGAUACUGUGAACGUGGGCGAUGCGAAAAUUUUAUCGGUGGCUUUGAUUGCCGGUGUAACAGAGGAUAUCAGAUAACAACUGACGGAAAGACGUGUGUAGAUGUGGACGAGUGCUCGCAGAUCAGCGGUAUUUGUGUCAACGGGACGUGCAUCAACACACAGGGAUCUUUCCGUUGCAAUUGCUUUAAUGGAUUUAGGCUUGACCGUCGAGGCUACUGUAAAGAUAUUGAUGAGUGUUCAGCCGUUGUUGGUGUAUGUCGAAAUGGACGAUGUACUAAUACUAUUGGCGGCUUCAGUUGCGAUUGUAUCCCAGGAUACACCGUCACCCCUGACAGAAUGCGAUGCAGAGAUAUCGACGAGUGUACAGAAGUGCCACGAUUUUGUGAGAAUGGUAUUUGUACCAAUACCAUCGGUGGUUCACGGUGCGAGUGCAUGACGGGAUUUAAACUGAACGAGGCAGGGGGUGCUUGUCAAGAUGUAAAUGAGUGUGAUGAAAAUCCGAACUAUUGUCAAGUUGGUGGUCAAUGUGUGAACACAGAGGGAAGCUACCGCUGUCUCUGUAAUAAAGGUUACGAAGUUGGUAACGGUGGAAGCCACUGCAUUGAUGUGCGAGUGGGUUACUGCUUUGAAAAGUUUGACGAGGAAGGGUGCACUAAACCUAAUAGUCGCGAGAUGAGAAAAGCCAUGUGCUGUUGUACCGUUGGAGCCGGCUGGGGUGACCCAUGUGAACUGUGCCCGCAGAAGAAUACCUCUGCGUUUACCCAAUUGUGUCCCAAUGGUGUUGGAUUUGUAAUGAACAGGCACGGUGUUACAGACGUAAAUGAAUGUCUGCACAUAGCGAGUCUUUGUGAAAAUGGAGAGUGCAUCAACAACGAUGGAAGUUAUCGGUGCAAAUGCAAGAUGGGAUAUAAGCUUGAUGAAACUGGAAAGAAGUGUGUCGAUGAAGAUGAAUGUGAGACGCCCGGUGUAUGUGGUAAUGGUCUUUGCGUCAAUACAGAAGGUUCUUACACAUGUAAUUGUCCAAAGGGCUAUGCCGCAGGCCGCCUUUCCCCGCGUUGUGCUGAUAUCAAUGAGUGUGUAAAAAGCAGCGAUCUUUGCGCGUUCCGUUGUGUGAAUCAGCCGGGAAGCUACCGAUGUAUCUGUCCCCGUGGAUUCGACUUGGCUCCUGACAAGAUUCAUUGCAGAGAUAUCAAUGAAUGCAGAGAAAACACUAGAUUGUGUCCCUUCGUUUGUAAGAAUUUUAUUGGCGGUUUUAGGUGCAGGUGUCCCGCUGGCUUCAGGGGAAAUGGUCGGAUAUGUGAAGAUAUCAACGAAUGUCAAGAAAAGUCGGAUAUUUGUCAGAAUGGCGCGUGCAGAAACCUUGCGGGAACUUAUAUCUGCGACUGCGACUCGGGGUAUCAACGGAGUGAGGAUGGAACAGAGUGUGAAGAUACACGAAAGGGACUUUGCUUCGCUGUUGUAAGGAACAACAUGUGUGAAGCUGUCGCGAAGGAAAUGAUGCAGGUCCGAAAGAAGGAAUGCUGUUGUACAGCCGGGAAGGCCUGGGGCACAAACUGCCAGUUGUGUCCGAGAAAGAAAACUGCUGAAUAUGGUAAACUUUGCAAAACUAUGGCACAAAAAAAAGACAAUAUGACACAUAUAUGUGAGAUGAUCUCAAGCUUGUGUCAGAAUGGCAAGUGCAUGAAUAUUCGUGGGGGAUACCGCUGCAUGUGUAACGUGGGCUACAAACUGACCAUGGAUGCGAAGCGAUGCUUAGAUAUCGAUGAGUGCGCUAAAGAUUCCAGUAUUUGUCAGUUUACUUGUGCAAAUACUGAUGGUUCCUACAAAUGCAGCUGUCCUAUUGGAUAUGUGCUGCGAGCAGAUCAAAAAACAUGUACAGAUGAAAAUGAAUGCACAACGGGUCGACAUAACUGUCAGCACAGCUGCACCAAUGUUCCCGGCAGCUUCCGCUGUGGCUGUCCUGAUGGAUACAUGAGAAAUGGAAUCACGUGUGUUGACAAAGACGAAUGUAUGACUGAUAACGGCAUCUGCGGAUUUGGAAUGUGUGAGAACUUGCCGGGAUCUUACAAAUGCGUGUGUAACCGUGGUUACACUUACGACGAUAAAACAAAGAAAUGCGUUGGUAAUAACCGAUGUACCGGAAAUGCGUGUCAAUAUGGUUGUCUCAACCUCGGGGGUGGAUAUCGAUGUGGAUGUCCCCCGGGAUUUACGCAGGAUUUUUACUUUAAUCAGUGUGUGGAUAUCAACGAGUGUCGCAGCAGCCUUACUUGUGGACGGGCGCAGUGCAGGAACACAUUAGGAGCGUAUUAUUGCACCUGUCAUCACGGAUAUGUGCUCAAUCCAGAUGGCCGAUCGUGUCAAGAUAUGAACGAGUGUGCCCUGGGACUAAGCCCCUGUAGCUUUGGAUGCGACAACAAGCAAGGUGGAUUCAGCUGCCGGUGCCCACAUAGUUAUCAACCUAUAGGGGGAGGGCACUGCUUGUCGCCCUAUGGAGAAGCCUGUUACGAGUGUGCGCUGUCCAAAGGGGACGACGAUGACAAAGGUGUGCCUCUUGUAGAGCGAAACCAAACCGGCAGUCAGACUCAGUCUUCCGCGCCAUACCAUAUUGUGCCAGCGAGGACUGGAAGCUAUGGACAGCAUCUUCCUUAUGGAAGAAACCAAGGUUAUGGUCAAAAUCAACUAGGACAGCGUCAGAUCCUACUUGGUGGUCAGUCACAAACUUACAAUCAACAAAAUUAUGGUCAACAAAACUGGCAAGCAGCACCACCGAACAACGGCUUUCAAUUUUCGCACACACCUUCAGGGAAGCAGAGGAAACGACGAUCCACGGGGCAUCGAAUGGAAAAAUUCACCAUACGAAUUCCCACCAACAUCAGCUCAGCUGAGCCAAUCCUAACGUUAGUACCAGUACUCGCGGAAUUCAACGGAACCUUCAACUAUGUCAUUGUUCAUGGUAACACGAGCUUGUUCAAAGUGCAGCAACACAAGGGAGUCUCCUUUCUCUUUGUUAAAACACCGCUCCAUCGAAAGGGCGUCUUCCGUGUGUGGAUUAAAGGCGCCAUGCGCGAGAAAGUGAAAAAGGAAACGGUUUCCAAAGAGACGGGGACGAAAGCAACACAUGGACAAGAAACAAGAAGAAUUAAGAACAAACUUGGACAAGAGAGUGGAAUCAAGACACAACGGCACAUGCCUGGAUAUCACGAAGCCAAAAGGUUUUCGCUCCAUCUGAUCAUCAAGACCGUAUGAACUCAUUACACUGCUUGGGCAUUUUUUUAAAAUGACUUUCUUUUGUUGGUAACGUGUUUUAUUUUGUAAAAAGAUGUUGGCCAUGCAUUUUGUUUUACGUUCGAAGUUAUAUCUAAGUCCAUCUUGCACAGACAUUUUUUGGGUCUAUAGACAACAGCCGUAAAAUUAAAAGAUUUGGAGAAGUAUUUAAGUGAAAGAUUGUCUGCUGCAAAGGUAUCGUGGAGUCCUCUUUCUUUAGUAAAGUAGCUAUCCCCUUUAUCUGCUUAGCUCUUUGCGCCCUAACAUCAGUAUGCAUAUUCUCUAUACAUUUCUCAGGGCGCUGACAAGGAGAAUUUAACCAGCAAUCAAAAGCUUAUUUAGUUGGUGAUCAUUUCCGUCAUUCUUGUGACCUCAUUGUGGGAUUCGGGGGUUAUAUUGCAAGAAGUAAAUAAAUAUCUGCGAAAUUCGCCCGCACCGAAAUUACAA